AUGCUUAUUCCAAAACAGAAUCGCAAGCUUAUCUAUGAAAGCCUUUUCAAAGAGGGUGUGUUGGUUGCAAAGAAGGAAUUCAACGCUCCCAAGCAUCAAGAUAUCGACGUCCCAAAUCUUCACGUGAUCAAAGCUUGCCAGAGUCUCAACUCUAAAGGAUAUGUGAAAACACAAUUCUCGUGGCAAUAUUAUUAUUACUCUUUAACUAAUGAAGGAAUUGAGUAUCUGAGAGAGUACUUGCAUUUGCCUCAAGAAAUCGUUCCUGCUACAUUCAAGAAACAAGCUCGACCAGCUGGCAGGAGUCGUCAGGAAGAAGGUAGGGAAGGUGCGUACCGGGCACCACAAAAUCGCGGAGACAGAGACUAUCGUCGUCGUGAAGAUGGCGAAGGCAAAAAGGAAGGUGCUUCCGGCGACUUUAAACCUGAAUUCAAAGGUGGUCGUGGUCGGGGCCGUGCAGAAGA